UAAAGUUAUAAACAAACAAGUCCUUAAUUUAACACAUGCAAUAAUAGGUGCACUUACACCAGUAAUUAGUAAAUGAAAAAUAAGCAAUGAAACAUAAAACAACCACUCAAAUCGAAGGCAAUAAGGUUUCAAUCGAUGCUUGUGGAGCGAUCCUGCCGCUGGUCUCUUUGCUCCUGAACGGAUCAAAUCGAGGGAAGAAAGACGCGCUUACGACCUACAAGCUAGUUUCUAUGAAACAGAACAAAGAGAGGGCCGUUAAUGCAGGAGCCGUGAAACCGCUGGUGGACUUUAUUUCAGAGCAGGGGAGCGGUUUGACGGAGAAGGUGAUGGUGGUUCUGAGCAGCUUAGCUGCAAUUCCAGAGGGCAGAACUGCCAUAAUCGAAGGAGGGAUUACAGUUUUGGUUGAAGCGAUCGAAGACGGGUUGGUGAAAGGGAAAGAGUUCGCGGUACUAACGCUUUUGCAACUAUGCGCUGAAAGUGUACGAAAUAGAGGAUUGUUGGUGAGAGAAGGUGGGAUCCCGCUGCUUGUUGCGCUCUCUCAGACGGGCACGGCUCGAGAGAAGCAAAAGGUAUUUUUCGUUCACCAUUGCCCUUUUAAGCUUUAAUCUUUAUGGUGUUCCCAUCACUCGCUCGACAUU